AAGCUGCAGUUCGGAUCAAUCAGACCCAAUUAGUCUCAUUUUUCAUUCAUAAUUAGCGCCAUUCUGAUCAGUUAAUUUCUGUGCAUCAAUAACUGAUUUAAUUUGGUGCUAAUCAGAGGAAACAUCCAGGAAUCAUUAAAUAUUAAAAUAACUGAUCAAUAAGAAGAGAUCGAUUUAUUAUCUCACCAUUAAUUAUUAUCCAACAUGUUUUUCUUUAUUUCAUCCUAAUUUAUUUCUGUCUUUAGUUCAUGUUGAUCUGGUUUAAUCUCUGGAAACCUUCAGGUUUGUCUGCAUGGUGGUGGCUCAUCAUGCUGCGGGCCUGGGCUCUGAUUCAGGUUCUGAACAGAAACUCAGUGUGAACAGAGAGAUUCUUUCCUGAAAGAACUACUGUAGUUUAAAGUUCUGAUCCAUUUGUUCACCAGAACUCAUUAAGGUCUCGGCCCACAGCAUCACUCCGCCCUCAGGUCUUUUCUAACUCCAGGAAUGAAAACGUUCUGCGCUGAAUGUACAGAUUCUUGGCAAAGAUUGAUCUGAUUCUCUGAACAGAGUCCUGAUCCUGAACAGGUUCCUGAAUCAGUUCAGAUUUCUGAUUCUAGUUAGUUAACAUUUCUAAACAGAUUCCUGAAUCUGAUCAAAUUCAGGAAUCUGAACGUCUAGACUUUUGAUUCCUGAUCCGUUACUGAACAGAUUCCUCAUUCACUGAACAGAUUCCUCAUUCACUGAACAGAUUCAGUCGGGGAUUAAACUAAUCCGACCUUGGUGAACCGACCCUGAUGCAACACUUUGUGUGAAUUGGAUCUGAUCUUAGAAUCGGUACCGGCCAAAACCAGAACCAGCAGGUCAGGUUCUUUAAGGAGGUCGGAUGGAGAACUGCAGCCGGUUUAGUUCCAACCAGAACCAGAACUGCUGUUAGAUUUACUGCUUGAAACAAACGAUGCAGCGAUAAAUCAGUAGAUGUUUUUAAUUUUGUGUAAUUCAGGAGUAAACGUUCUUAUUCCCUAAUCUUAAUCUCGGUUAAGAAAGGUCUGGAAAUCGCUCCACGUUUCCAACUCAGAGUGGAGAGAUGCAGCAGAAGUUGUGCUCCAGAGGUUCUGGCUCCUUCCUGUUGGAGAGGAACGGCCAGGCCUGCGGCGCCCUCCCGGACUCCGUCACUUCCUGUGAGCUCCCGUUCCGAUGCCCCCGAUGCGGCGAGCAGCAGCGGUUCCGCAGCCUGGCCUCGCUGCGGGCCCACCUGGAGUACCGCCACUCCUACCGCUCUCCGGACGUGGUGUCUGGAGACUUCAGCAUCACGGGGUCGCACCCCGACCCGCUGGCGGCCGCCAUCGCCUGGCAGGACGCCAGCCUCCCGGCCCGCAGGGGGCAGCACGGCGCCGCGCGGCCGCCUCACGUCCGCUCCCUCAGCGACAGCAGAGACAGCGGCUACCUGCACUCCUACGGCGCGGUGAGGAGGCGCACCCAGAGCGUCGGCGUGGGGACGCAGGAGGAAGAGGUGGAUGAUGAAGAUACAGGAGAGGAAGAGGAGGAUGGAGAGGAAGCAGAAGAGACCAGAGACGAGUCGGAAGUCAAACAUUCAGACUCAGGACGCCUUCGUCAUCUCCGGUUCCCUCCGGCGUCCCCGGACCCGGACCUGAACCCGAACCUGGACCUGGUUGCGCAGAGCUCCUACUGCGGCCGGGAGACGGCGGCGGCCUCGGCGGCGGUGCGGCGGCGGCUGGCCAGCAUCCUGCGGGCCGCCGACGGCACCAUGCAACGGCGCCUGGCCAAGGUCAGCACGGAGCUGGCCCGGACCGACACCGAGCUGCUGUGUGAGCGCGCCCACUCGCAGCACCUGGCCCAGGAGCGGCAGCAGGUGGCGGAGCGGGAGCGCUCGCUCAGCCGGCAGGUGGACGUGGCCGUCAUGGUGAUCGCCGCCCUGAGGGAGCAGCUCAACGCCUCCGAGAGCGAGCUGGAGCGCCGGGAGAGGGAGGUUCUGACCAUCCAGAGGUUCCUGGAGGCCGCGGCCCGCCAGGAGACCAGCGGGAAAGUCCGGAUCCAGCGCUUCAUCGAGAACCUGCUGGGUCGGAUCGCGCUGGCGGAGAGGCUGGUGGAGUAUUACCAGGUGAACGGCGGGCAGGCGCAGGGCGAGCGCCACAAGCAGCAGCCUGACGACGGCCGACACAGAAUCACUAAAAGCAGGUCCGCCGGGGAUCAGCUGUUCUCCGGUCUCCAUGACAACAGGACGUCCUGCCGGUUCGGCGGCGGGCCGCCGGGCUCCAAAGCGGGUCCGGACCGGGACCGGGAGCGCCAGGAACGCCUGGCCCAGUCCUCCAGGCUGUUCUGCCGGCCGGAGCACAGAGACGACAUCUGGAACCAGCAGCGGCGCCGGUCCACCGGGUACGAGGCCUAGAACUGUGGAGACUGCCCAGACAGACGGGCCUGAACAGAACCUCAGCAGAACCGGCUUCCCUCGGUUCCUGUGGGCGCUGAAUCGAAUUCUGCUGGUACCUUUUAGUUCUGGAUGUUUGUCUGCUGAGGUGAAGUGGACCAGAAAACAACCCGGUUCUGAUUGUUAGCAGAACCAACAGAAGUACCAACCGGACCAGGCUAAAUGUACCAGCUGUGUUCGGUUCCGGAUCAAACCUCUGCAGGGCGGUUCUGGUUCUUCAUACAUCAGCACAAACCGAUCGGGUCAGAACCAAAGUAUUUAUUAAUCAGAAACUCUCCAUGUCCUCGGGUUGAACCUUUUCAUUCUGACCCGGUUCUGCAGAACCUCCAGGAGUUCUGCAUGCAGGCAGCAGAACUUCCUGGUGGAUUUCUCUGGGCUCGGUUGCUUUUUCUGUCCGGUUUUCCAGACGACGGAUUCAACAGUUUCCAGGUUCUGAUCCAGGUUCUGAUCCAGGUUCUGAUCCAGGUUCUUCUGGACCUUAAAGAUGUGAAUCAACAUCCUGAGCAAAUAUUUUCUGUCCAACAACAGAUGUUGACCCGGUCCUCAUCACAGCGUUGGUGUUCAGCUGGUUCUGAUGGUCCGAUUGUAACCACCGUGUGAAAAAUGGGUUUAAAUGAUCUAGAACCCAACAGAACCGGAAGAGAAGGUUUGUGUUCUGAACCAGCCGAUCCUGAUUGGUGGAAAAUGUUCCGGAUGUUUCCUUCAUUCAGGUUCUGGUUCUGAUUUAUUAAAUGUUCUGUAAAUAAAACGACUCAAUAAGCUGGAAGACGACGGACAAAAACACCGAAUCCUGACAAGUUUCCCUCCGUUUUCUCUCCUCCUGUUGCAGUGGAGUCAGCAGGUGGACGGGUCACCUGGACGGGUCACCUGACCGGUCACCUGGACGGGUCACCUGGACGGGUCACCUGACCGGUCACCUGACCGGUCACCUGGACGGGUCACCUGGACCGGUCACCUGGACGGGUCACCUGGACGGGUCACCUGACCGGUCACCUGGACGGGUCACCUGGACCGGUCACCUGACCGGUCACCUGGACGGGUCACCUGACCGGUCACCUGACCGGUCACCUGGACGGGUCACCUGACCGGUCACCUGGACGGGCCACCUGGACCGGUCACCUGGACGGGUCACCUGACCGGUCACCUGACGUUUCUGCCUCGUAAUCAAUUUAAAUUUUUAAUUUUCUCAUUAAUUUACAACUUUUUACACCAGUUUUUAUUUCUUGUAAAUAUGUGAAGCUAAUUUAUAAAUUUCAGAUUUUUUGGUGUAAAUUUUCUUCGAUCUAAAAUCGCCCUGAUGCUUGGCCAGACGCUCGUCCUGACGGUGGUUUAGUGGUUGCCAUGGUAACCCCUGACCUCUGACCUGUCCUGUAAUGGAGGUUUUAGUUUUUCUAGAACGCUGUUGAAUGUUUGGUGGAAGGUAGAAACCCGUCGUGUCCAGCCUCCGUGGUAAAGCAUGCUGUAGCUGCUGGUGUCUCUAUAUCCUGCUGUGUGUUUUCUAGCAGACUAACUUUAUUUUGGCGGUCUGAGCAGGAAGUUGCACUUUGCUGGUUGUUUUCACGCCAGGAGAUGAAUGUAGCCGACAGUCAGCUCCCCAAACGGGUCGCUGACCGGGUCUGUUCUGAGAGGCCGCUGGGUUUCCAUGUUGUGUUCAUGUCGCGUGUUCUUCCCUCGGCCCGGUUCGGUCCGUUUGGACCCGGCUGGGAGGAGUAAUCUCUAGUUUGGUGCCUUCGCUCCAGAACUCUGUAGUCUGUGAAACACUGUGAGGAGCUGCAGUCUCUGUCCUGUCAUGAUGUUCGAUGGAUUAAAGAACAAACAUGAGACCAAA